AUGCUCGUCAUGAGCGCAAGCAGAUACGUGGACAGGACGCCAAAGACCUUCCCCUUCUCCAACACGUACGCAGACGAGCCUAUUAUGAUUGCCCAGCUGCAGGAUGUCGACGAGAAGGACGACUUCGGUUGGCUGAGAAUACUCAAUAUGACUAGGAGCAGUGCGAAG